GAUCUAUCAUUCUAUCAUAUUCUAUGUUUCUAUAAUUAAAUCUAGAUCUAUAUAUAAUAGAUCUAGUCUAUUUUUUUUUCUAGUCUACACACACCGGUACACUGAUAAUUGACUGAUACACUACACUGACUACAGAGUAACAGACACAGUAAUAAUAGAUAAUAGUAAAAAUAUAGUUAGUAGCUUAUUACUAGAUCUAAUAUCUGAUGCUGAGUUGGCUGGACAGCAUAUAUAAAUAUUAAAAUUAUUAAAUCUAGAGUCUACAUGCAAACAACAUCAAGAUAUAUAUAUAGCUUAGAUGUAAUGAACUAUGACUAUAGAUAAAUGAUUAAGUCAUAUCAGAUGCUUAGGAGGCUGGGCAGGGUAUAUGCAAACAUUCAAUUUUAAACAUUCCACAAGUUGGUCAGAGGAUUUAUUCUCAUUGGGUUAUUGUUCACAAACAAUUUAAGGACCCUUUUUGAACACUUGAGAUUUAUACUUCAAACAAACAUCAAAGAACUUUUGUAUACAAGUGAAAAGCAAGCAAAAGGCAAUUAUGGAACAAGUGAUGCAUGGUUUCAGUGUUAUUUGCAGGAGUUUCAAUAUCAGCCAUCACAAUACAAUGCUAUGCAUGAUGAUCUGUUUUCAAGUAUGCUUGUUAUGAUUGCUGACAAUUAUCCAUGACUUUUUGGUCAAAUUUAGCACAUUUCCUACCAGUGGUUGAUUUAAAUUUUUCUUUACUUCUGCGCCUGUUUUCAGUGGAAGCUUCACUGUGGGUACCUGUAUCAAAUGUAGAAUUGUGAAGAAACCAUUUUAAGAUUGUUUUCUCAUGUCUUCAAAAAACAACAUGGAUGUCUUAGAGCUUGAUAGUUUUUUAAAUCAAUCAUUUCUUGACCUUGAGAAAAUCGAUGAAAAUUUGUUCCGUAGUAAAACUUUAUGGAAACACAAGAUUGCCCGUGGAGUCUAUGGUGGCCAAUUGAUUGGUCACUCUCUAGUGGCAGCAUCCAGUGGCUUCCCAGAGGAUCAACAUAUCCAUAGUUUGCAUUCUUAUUUUCUUAGGCAAGGCAAUACCAAGUUUCCCAUGCUUUAUUAUGUGGAUAAAACAAGAGAUGGCAAUACUUACUGCGCUUGCUCCGUGAAAGCUGUCCAGUUUGGACAGACAGUCUACACGAUGCAGGCAUCUUUUAAAAAGUCUGAAGCAUCAAAUAUAAGCCAUCAGAUCACAAUGCCAACGGUUCCACCUCCUGACAAAUUGAAAACACCAUUUGAGAUCUUAGAUAUCUUAAAACAACAGGAGCUGAUCUCCUCCCAAAGACAUGAGAUGGGGGUAGAAUGGUUUCAAGAUUUUCCUAUGGAAACUCGAUGGGUCAGUCCAGACACCAUUUACGCCUUUCAGCCGGAAUAUCCAAAAUGUCUGAUAUGGAUGAAAGCGCGGGGCCACAUAGGUAAAGAUCUACAUCAAAAUGUCCACAAGUGUUGCAUUGCCUAUCUCUGUGACAUGCUGCUUCUGCGUACAUCUCUGAUGUCUUUAAGUAGCACAGCUAACAGUGUUUUCAUGGCUUCUUUAGAUCAUUCCAUGUGGUUUCAUGCACCUUGCCAUGCAGACGAAUGGAUGCUGUUUGAAAUAGAAGCUGAGAAUACAGGUGAUGGCCGUACUUUAUGUCAUGGAAGAAUAUGGGACAUAAAUGGAGUCCAUAUCACUACAGUCUCUCAGGAAGGAGUGCUUAGAGUUAAUUCCAACCUUUGAUAUUUUUAUGUAUAUAUUAGUGUGUGAUGUUACAUGAUUGAAAUAAAUUUGUACUGCUCAUAUUUUUUUUUAUUAUUUGUUAAAAUGCUGAAUUAAAAACUGAACAAAAUACAUUGCGGAAACUUGAGUAAACACAAGUUAGUUUAGAUCAGAGAGGUGAGUUGUUUAUUUAUCAGAGUUAGGGUUAUUAAUUAUCCUCAUGCAUAAAUGGAUUAAUUUAAUUUGGGUUACUGUGAGCUGCUGUUAGCAUGAACUAUUUGAAUGUUGGUGCAUAUGUAAAUUAAUGUAAUAUGGAUGGGUCUGUGAAGGAAUCUUGUUUGCAUGAAUAUUAAGAAUGUUGGUUGUGGGUGUCUGUUGUUAAUUGAAUGAGUGAAGAUGCUGAUGAACUAGUGAACCUAAAUUGCAUUUAAAGUUAGUAAGUUAGAAAUUUGUAAAGAGAGUUGAAGACAGGAGCUGUAUAAUAAAGAUAGAAAUGUUCUGGUCUUAAUAAACAUUGAAGCUGUUAAA